AACAAAACAAACCCGAGAGAGCUGUAACAGCGUGUGGACUCCAUUGAAAAGGGGUCCUUAUUAUCUCCAACUGGGGAACCAACACGAAGCGAGACGAAUGCGCGGGCGCCCUAAAAGCAGUUUGAGCUCUCUGUAGGUACACGCCCCCCAACACACAGCACAUCCACGGCUGCUGGAGAAAAGGCACGAAACAUCCAGAAAUUUCCAUGUGCUUUAAGACCUGGUGAAUACAGAGAACCCAACCGGACCACAAUAGACCACACCAGAUUGAGCCCAGUUACUGACCCCACCCCCCCACCCUCAGCCUUGAAGUCUGCAUCCAGCAGCACUCUGCCGUCGUCUCCUUUAGAAGUCAUUUAUUGUGUUGAUCAGACGACGUCACACAACUGGGACUGGACAAGAGACCCAGAGGUUUCCCCCCGCUGGAGCAACUGUCUGGCAAUGCCUCAGCCCAGUGUGAGUGGGAUGGAGCCUCCCUUUGGGGACGCCUUUCAGAACUACUCGUUUGCUGACCAGGCCCUGACCAGCACUGACCUGCUCGCCACCAGCUCUGACCCAGAUUUCAUGUACGAACUGGACCGAGACAUGACCCACCAGCAGAGCCCCUAUAGGGACAGCAUGGUUGGGGUCGGGGACGGAGGCAAGGAGAUGGAGGGCUGUGAUCAGCUCAUGAACCUGGGCGAAUGUGAGACGGUCUGUAGCGGCUCAGCGUUCGAACAGUGGGACUCCUACUGGGAAGACCUCACCAGAUACACACGGCUGACCAGCUGUGACAUCUGGGGCACUAAAGAGGUGGAUUUCCUUGGAUUGGAUGACUUCUCUAGUCCCUACCAGGACGAGGAAGUAAUUGGUCAAACCCCGACACUGGCUCAACUCAACAGCGAGGAUUCGCAGCCUGUGUGUGAGGCGUUAUACCCCCCUGCGGACCUGACCCUGCCUGCCCUCCAGCCUCAGCCGUCUCAGCUUCCCUGUCACAGUAAGAGGCCCCUGGUCCCUGGUCAUGGAUCAGGCGCCAGCUCUGCAUGGCCCUCCCCAAGCUCCACAUCCUCUUCCCGUCCUUCCCACAGCCUUCUCCCAGAUUUUCCCGAAGGCUCCCAAAAAGCCACCAGACCUGUCCCCUCCAGCACUGAGACUAUGGCCAAGACCCAGACCCACCUCAGUCUCACCCAGGACCAUGGCCAAGCUCAAACCAAGCCCCAGGGGCGAGGAGCCAAGAUGGCAGCCCCAACUUCUCACGGCCUUGACUUUGUGAGGAAGGCUAAAGUCCGUGUGAGCGUUGUGCCUAAAACUGAGCCUGAGGAGCCACCCCGGACGGAUUUUGAGAGGCCAGAUCCCCCUCUACCUCUCUCCCAGCCCAAAGACGAGAAGGCCUCCACUUCAGCGUGCGCCAUCUUGGUGGGACCAGAUGGUGGUGCAGUCAGUGGCUCUGGCGGCCUGAUGAGCUUUGAGAGGAGGGCAGAGGUGGCAGUGAAGAUUGAGAUGCCUGAUGGCUGGUCUGCCACCCUGCCUCAACUGGCUGAGGCGAGCCAGGCCCUGGAGGGCAGCACCUCCGUGCUUGUCAGCGCUGGCGGCGUUCCAGUUGUCGAGGGCACGGAGAAGACAAAGGAGGAGGAACACAACUACUCUCUGUUCCUGAGCCGCAAGCUGGCCGGCAGAGCCCACUCCCUGCUGGAGGAGGACGAGGAGGAGGAAGACGAGGAAGAGGCAGAAGAAGAGGAGGAAGGAGAUGGGCUGGAGCUAGAUGAUGAAGACCACGAUGAGGGUUUCGGCAGCGAGCACGAGCUGUCUGAGAAUGAGGAGGAGGAGGAGGAUGAGGAGGAGGAUGAAGACUACGAAGCAGACAAGGACGACGACAUGAGUGACGCCUUCUCUGAGCCAGGCUGUGACAUGGAGCUGAUGGAGGACAUUAAAGGCCUGACAGCAGGAGUCUCCAGUCGGAAGAGAGGCAAGCGCCGUUACUUCUGGGAGUACAGCGAGCAGCUCACCCCCUCCAAACAGGAACGGAUGCUUAAGCCGUCUGAGUGGGAUCGACACACGCUGCCUAGCAACUUGUACCAGAAGAACGGGCCUCUCCAUGGAAAAUAUAUGCUGAAAAAGUCUCGCCGCACCGACGUGGAAGACCUGACUCCCAAUCCACGCAAGCUGCUGCAGAUCGGCACCGAGCUCCGGAAACUGAACAAGGUGAUCAGUGACUUGACCCCCGUCAGUGAGCUACCGCUCACCGCGCGACCACGGUCCCGCAAGGAGAAGAACAAGCUGGCAUCCAGAGCUUGUCGUUUAAAAAAGAAGGCACAGUAUGAAGCAAACAAGGUGAAGCUUUGGGGAUUGAGCACAGAGUACGACCGGCUGUUGUUUGUGAUCAACACCAUCAAGGAGGAGAUCGUGGCCCGUGUGGAGGACUCUUCUCCGCGUCCAACCAACAUGAAUGACACUCUGGAGCAUCUCAUCCAGGAAACACUUGUGGCACCACCUGUUGCUGGGCAGACUUCUGACUUCGUCAACAAGAUCUUGGAAAACACAGGACGCGGCGAUCCCACCGGCGGUCUGGUCGGCCUGCGAGUCCCAACCUCCAAAAUCUAGACAAACCCGCGGUCCACUGAGAGGAGUGGACUAAAUAUUACCACCGUGCUGUCCCAUUGUAACUAUGCUCCCCUCUGCAUGCCCCUCCAACCCAGAGUGUAUACACAUUGUUAGUCACACACACAUACACACAUACCACUCCCUGUGUGUACGUAUGUGUGCUUGUUUUAGCCAUGCACCUCUAUGGCAUACACCCUAGCUUUUUGUCUCUGCACACUUUGAGCAGAGUCAGUGCGUCAAUGUCUCCCAACCCAUUGUGAGCGUCUGUUGGGAUAAGCGCCUGUAAAAGCAAGGGAUGGUUAGGUGUAUAGCUAAUAGCACGUCCUGAAUCCACUGGUGAUUAUUAGAUGUGUUUAACAUAGCAUUGUGUAGGGUCAGUUCUGUUGAAGGACUGCUUUCAGGGCUGAGACAGAGACAGCCACACAAGUGUAACCACUGGAAUACUUUUACACAAUUUGUUUGAGGUUGUAAUAACAGACCAUAGCUUGUUACACGUCAGACACCAACAGAGGUUGAAAACGUUCCAGUUAUCAUUUCCCAGAUGAGGUACACCUCACAUGGCAACAAAAAUGAACUCCAUUAUGUUAAAUUGACCUACUCAGUAAAGUACUUUGAUGAAAACAGCUUUGGUUGCCGAGACAGCUGCAGAGAAAAAAAAAGCAGCUCGCUCCAAGGCGUUAUGGGGUGACAGAAAAUAUUUUGUACUGAAGGCCUAAAUACGUUCAUGCCAUCCCCUGAUUGCCAAUCAGGUCUGCUGUUAAACGAAUGAGUUAGGAGUAGUAAAAGCUGAAAGUUAAAAUUAGACUUUAACAAUUAAGCGUCAGACAUCCUUCUGGAUAGAGGAGGAAGCUUAAUUUCUAAUUUUGACAACCUUGACUUAAACAACAGUAGGUAGUUGACCAUGUGGAGAGGAAGUGCAUGUAGUUUUGGUGCUUUUUGGCCUUGUGCUGGUUCUAACUGGACUGGGUGAAACUGGCAUUUUGCCAGUAUGGGAGCAGAUUGUGAGGAAGAUGAUGGUGGUGAUUGAGAUGGCAAUACUAGGGAUCCAUCUCCUCUAGGAAUCUGUAUAUAAAAGUGUCUCCCAGUGAAAGAAAAACGGCACCUGCUCCCCUUUUUGUACAGUAGAGAUGACCAGGCUAACAGUUUGGUGUGUUCAUACUAGUGUUUGGUCAGAGUUCUAUUCAUUGUGCCUUGUUCCUGUAAGUCUGAGUGUGUGUGUAUGUGUGUGUGCAUGAGAGGAACUGAAUGAGAAGAGGUAAUUGGUCAGAACUCCUCUGAGGUCCAGCCAAGGAGAGGACUACUUUACACUGAGGGAGAUUGGUAGUGAGGAGGGCGACACCUGUGGGGUUUGUGGUGUAUUUCAGUUGUCUAAAGAUCUUCUGAAUGUACAUAAAAGAAAAUGGAAGCUCUCGUUGCGUGAUGCCACAGAGUCUGUGUACAUAGGAGGGCUCUGCAAUAGAUUACUUUUGGUUUUUGGUACUCUGUCUUUAGGGAUCGUGGGCGGGGGGGGAAGAGAUAUUUUCGUUUAGAGUUACACAAAAAAUAUUUGCACACUAUAUUUUGAUUGUUUUUUGUACCAAAGACACAUGCAACGAAAUGGCGACCUGCCAGUUAAAGUAAGGUUUUGCACAGCUUACCUGACGCCGUAUUGAAUGUAAGAAAUGUGGGAGGGUCAGGGAACUUCAUAGAACUGUGAAAUUAGCUCGGGUCCAAUUCUGUACAGAAAAGGAACAUUCAUUCAUGUUUUUUAAAUCUAAAAAUGACCCUAUCUGUGGGCUUCUCCAGUAGAUUUGUUGCUUAGCAAGCACUUCAUUCCUGAACUGAUUCCUCCCUCCACAUGCUAUUUGUGUUAAUGGCGCUAUCUAGGCCAAAAACCAAGAGCGCUAGUAGAUAAGCUAUGUUACAUUUUUACUUGUGUGUCAAAAUGUCAGCAACAAUAACCAAAAUGUUUCGUCACUUGUUUUAUUUCUGUAUGUAGAUAAAGUUUAGUUCAUCAACAAAAUAUUAACAGAAUUGUGUUUUUAAAGUACUGUAUAUAGAAGCAUUAAUGAUAUAUAUCAACGGUGAAAUGCCACUUUUCAUGAGAAUGAUUCAUUUUAAAGCAUGACACAUUUCUAAAGCCUGUCCUUGCGUCAAGAAAGUUAGAGGAAAAAAACCCCAAAACCCCGCCCAAAAAAAUUUGUUAAAGUUAUAUUUUUGUACUUUAGCUGCCUGCUAGCUUUCCUGUUGGUUUCAAAAUAUUUUUUGAGAGAAGGCAUAUGCGAGGAAAGAGGAAAAGGGUCUGAAAGAGCAGCCAGUCAAUCUUAUUUCACUCCUUAACCGUCAAGUCGGUUGAAUUUUUCACUUCCUGGGAUUGGCUCUGCUGCCUUUCGAGGAUGCAUUGCUGAAUUGUAUUUGCCUGGCCUUUCCUUUGGUCCUCAGCUUACAGCUUUCCUGGCCGGACACAGCCGCAAAGAAUAACUCUGAUCAUCAAAACACACAGAGCUACCACGACCAGGCCACAUAUUGGCAGCGUGUCCAACCGUUAAAAACUGCAUGACGCCUGUAUGCUUCCCUCCCUGCUGCGUCCUCAGAGGAAACGCUGCCAUUCCCGGGAAUUUUUAAAUUCUAGCAGGCAAAUACAAAGAAACAACUGAAUGUUUGACGAGGCUGAAUUCAGGUCAGUUUCAAGUGAAGAAAGAACUCCUUCACAGAAUGAUGAUGGUGAUGCAGAGGCGUAGUCUUUCUGUAUCGUGGGAUUGAAUAACAGCUAGUGCUACAUAUAUAUAUAUUUUUACUGUUUUCUGUUCUGUCUAAAAAGGGAGAAUUGGUGCUUUUUUGAAAACUAGAAUGAUGAGUAUCCAUGAUUCUUAUUUGACUUUUUAGUCUAGUUGUAGCCUAAUGACUUGCUCUCCCCCACCGUCCAUAGCUAUUUUCUUAGUAGUGAUUCAUUUUUGUAAAUAGUUAAUAUGUAUCUUAUAAAUGUUAGAUAUAUGUAUAGAAUACUCUAUCUUAUAUGUUUGAAAACAAAAGCACUUUGUCCAAAAAAGAAAAAAACAAACAAAAAGAAGAGCAUUUUUUUCUUCCAUUUGCUGCUAAAAGGCCUAGUGUGAAUGCUGCAAGUGUACUUGACGACUACUUGCUAGGAUAGGUCUAUUACCUGACUUGGCUAGGUCUAUAAACUAGCAAGGAAUAGGUGUAUGGUCUGGCGAGGGUUAGAUCUACAUGUUUCUGGAGCCAUGUAAUGAUAUGAGGUGUUGUAUGAGAGCGUAUCAUUUCUUGGCUUUGGGAAGCCCAGUGUGGUUUUAAAAAACAAAACAAAAAAAAAACCAGAGGGUUUUGAUUCCAGGGCCCCUACAUUGAUCCUGAUGCUGACCCCCGUGGUGUCAUGAUUCAUUUGCCUUCAGUAGAGGUUUCCUAUGGAAAAACUGAUUCUGCUUUGGCUUCCUCUUCAGGGUGAUGUACAGUGUAGACACAUUUCUCCAGAGAGCUAUAUUGUUAUCAUUUGUAAACUGAUUUCUACUUGUGACUUAAUGAGGAGAGGUUUAGCCUGGGGCGGCCAGGAAGAGCCUGUUUGAAAGAUGUUGUUCCGGGCCGCCUUGGGGGAAGUUACUAUAUCACUGUACUGUAUGGCAAGCCAAUUACAAAUGGAGACUCAAUCUGGACACUUAUUGCCUUCUUAAAUAACCUUUCACUUACACACAAACAAAAAUAACAUGGCAGACGUGUCAUUGGCAAGGUGCCCGAGGCUUAUGACAUUGUUCUGCCAUUAUACGGUCAACAACAACAACAACAACAACAACAACAACAACAACAACAACAAAACCAUUCAGCCUGAUAGGCUCAAAACAACCUUGACUGAAACAGCAGACGUGGUGAAACAUAUCUGAAAAAUUGAGCUCAGUUGUGUCUUUUGGGACAAUAUUAAGCGUUUCUUUUCAGCUAUGAUUUGGCCGAAGUCUGGUAGGGGGUCAACAGUGGUUAGAAGGGCCGCUGGUUGACGGAGAAUUGUCUGACAAGAGAGACAUGUGUGUUUUGUUGUCGAUCACGAGGCUGGUUCAAGAAAGAGUCCUCACAGGUUUUUACAUUUAACAUGAUAGGUGCAAGCUGUGCAACUUUACAUUCAAACCAGGAGACUCUGUGGCAUUUUAACAGUCAAGGAAACGAGCGAAAAUCCACGCCAGUAAAACUAUUCCUUUAUUCUUUUUUUAUUUCUGAUGACAUAAGUCCUAUACAGUCAGAUGUUAAGCUAAUAGAGUGUGUAAUUUUGUGCUACUCUUAUCCAAUAAAAGCUAAGUGAUCCAUAAAGCUCUUCUUCAGCAAAUCAGGGUAAUAUCGUUCUUCUAUCUGACAUAUGUGAUGACAUAUAAAAUCUAAAGAAAAUAUAUUUAUGUAUUCCAAUUAUUGUCGCCAUUCUUUACUCUGUACAAAAUAUUCUGUGUGUGUGUGUGUGUGUGUUAUGAAUUAUCAAUGUCAAUCAAUAUAGUGCAAUGCUCAACAUAAACUGAAAAAAAAAAAAAAAACUUCACACAUA